GACAUGGGUGAAGGAGCACUUAGCACUCCAACCAUGGCAAGUUUGCUGAGCCCCUCACUGCCCCUGUUGGCUGCUCUGGCACUCACACUGGCCCUGGCUGUGAACCCUGCAGCCAGUACUAAUGCUAAAGGCAAGCAGGUGGCAGUGGGUGGAGUAGAGCCCGCUGACCCGAAUGAUAAGGAGGUGCAGAAAGUGAUCAACUUUGCUGUUAAAACCUACAAUGAUAUGAACAAUGACCUGUACCUUAGCAGGCCAAUACGAGUGAUGAGCGCCAGCCAGCAGGUUGUGUCUGGGAAGAACUUCUACUUGAAAAUUGAGCUAGGCCAAACCAUGUGUACCAAAGCCCAGUCUGAUUUGGCUGAUUGUCCCUUCAAUGAACAGCCAGAUCAACAGAAGAGGGUCGUCUGUAAUUUCCAGAUCAAUGUUGAACCUUGGCUGAACAAGAUAUCCCUGACAAACUUCAAAUGUUACAAUGUCUGAGGAUCUAUGUCAGGCUACACUUCUGUUGAAUACCCCUUACUCUUACUCAAUCAUCUCCUUAAGUUUUCCUUUCCAUAGACAGAGAGCAUAGCCCUGAAGAAUGAAUCGUCAAAAUUCUAGUACCAAGAGAAAAGUAGAAAUAGGCUCUGCACACCUAAGUGGUGAUUCUCUUUUUCCUUUCUUCUACUUGAUUUUCACAUGUACCACUGUGGAGUCUAUUGCUCAUCCUUUGCUCAAUAAAAAAUAUUAGUAGGUC